UCAGUAACCUGGUCUUGUUGAGAUGCCAGAUAAAACAGGGGGUCCGGAAGCUGUCCCCAGGAAUGAAGAUGAUUAUCAUUUGCCUCUUGAUGUCUUACCAGUUAUGACAGAGAGUCCUGGUCCCAAGACAGCAAGGGAAGAUUUGCAUGAGGAGAACCGACCUUUCCGCUACUGUGGAGUAAAGACCAUGGAGCUGUCAGACAGCGACCGCCCUGUCAGCUUUAGUUCCACAUCCUCAUCUGCCUCCUCCAGGGAUAGCCACUGUUCCUUUGGCAGCAGAAUGACCUUAGUUUCAAACAGCCAUUUGGGGUUGUUUAAUCAGGAUAAAGAAGCUGGGGCUAUAAAAUUAGAGCUGAUUCCAGCCAGGCGAUUUUCCAGUGAGUUACACAGAAAUAAACCCAUGGAGCAAGAGAACACAGAAGAAAGCCUUGAGAAAAGGCCAGCUAUGCCAAGGAAAGCUGAACCAAAAGGAAUGAGCAAAAACUGUGCCAUAUCCCUGGUUACAGAACCCACGAGUCCGAAGCUCUUGUACGUCGACAGAGUUGUCCAAGAAAUUCUGGAGACGGAGAGGACUUACGUGCAGGAUUUAAAAAGCAUUGUGAAGGAUUACCUUGAUUGUAUCACUGACCAAUCCAAGCUCUCCCUUGGGACAGAAGAGCGAUCAGCCCUGUUUGGAAACAUACGAGAUAUCUACCAUUUCAACAGUGAACUUUUGCAAGACUUGGAAAACUGUGAAAAUGACCCUGUAGCAAUAGCAGAAUGUUUUGUUUCCAAGAGUGAAGAUUUCCAUAUAUAUACACAGUACUGCACCAAUUAUCCAAGGUCAGUAGCUGUCCUAACAGAGUGCAUGAGGAACAAGACAUUGGCCAAGUUCUUCAGAGAACGGCAAGAAGCUUUACAUCACUCCCUGCCUUUGGGCUCCUAUCUUCUAAAACCUGUCCAGCGAAUCCUCAAGUAUCACCUGCUUUUGCAUGAAAUAGAAAACCACCUUGACAAGGACACUGAAGGCUAUGAUGUUGUACUAGAUGCUAUAGAUACAAUGCAGAGAGUGGCAUGGCACAUUAACGAUAUGAAGAGGAAGCAUGAACACGCCAUCAGGCUGCAAGAGAUACAGAGUUUACUCACUAACUGGAAAGGGCCAGACCUCACUAGUUACGGGGAGCUGGUUUUGGAAGGAACGUUCCGCAUUCAGCGAGCAAAAAAUGAGCGCACUUUGUUCCUGUUUGACAAACUGCUGCUUAUUACAAAGAAGAGAGAAGAAAUGUAUACAUAUAAGGCUCACAUAUUGUGUGGGAAUCUCAUGCUUGUUGAAGUUAUACCAAAGGAACCACUCAGCUUCAGUGUCUUCCACUAUAAAAAUCCCAAGAUGCAGCACACUGUGCAGGCAAAAUCGCAACAAGAUAAACGACUUUGGAUCCUUCACUUGAAGAGAUUGAUUCUGGAAAACCACCCAGCUAAAAUUCCUGCUAAGGCCAAGCAGGCAAUUUUAGAGAUGGAUGCCAUACAUCAUCCAGGAUUCCAUUACAGUCCAGAGGGAGAAAUGAAAGCAACCUCUCCUUUUAAGGAAGGCAUCACUCCACGGAGAGUGAGAAGGAAGUCAGAACCUUCAUCCAGAGUCCAUAAAGUUAUGAAGUCAAGUGAAAUAAAUUCAGAUAUGCAGAAGCGGAUCAGUAUUGAAGGAGCCCUGCUUUCUCAGGCUCCCAAACUGGGAUCAAAUGAAACCCUGCUCAGUUCUAGAAAAAAGGUGUCAUUAGACCAUAGUGGGCUAGCAAAUCAGUUUCAAGAGCCCAUUGAACAAGCCUACAGCAGCGAUCAAGACGAGAGUCUUCAAAUAUGUGCUACUGAACAGAUAGAUGCUGAUGAUGAGGAAGAGUCUGAACAGGGCACGCAACAAAAUUCACAGCAAAAACCAAAGGGAGGUAGAAAAAGACUCAAUAGUCAAGCUGCUGAAAAUGUUGAAAAACGAAGAAGCGUCAAUCUCAACAAAUGUGAAGUUCAGAGCUCCAAGGACCCUUCAGAUGAAGAAUCAACCCAGCUGAAUACAGAUCUUCCAUUUUCUUGUUCUGCCAGGCAGUCAUCUAGGCAGUUCAGCACACCACAGAACAGUUCACUAAUCAUGAAUAUCCUGGGGGGAGGUACAACAGCCAGAAACAUCUGGACAGAUCAUCAAAUCCGACAAGCACUAUUCCCCAGCAGACAAACGCAUCAUGAAAAUGAUGAAGAUGAAGAUGAUUAUCAGAUGUUUGUACCAUCAGUAUCUACAUCCAACUCAAGUUCAACUGUCUGUGAAGAGAGGGGCACUUCUGGUCGCCCAUGCAGCUGGCAUUUGGGACUAGUUCAUCAGAAUGAUGCUGCCAGUUCCAAUCAUCACAAAAUUGUUAGACGAGCCAGUAGUGCUGGUGAAAGUAAUACUGGCCCAAAUGAUGCAAGAUACAGAGCCAGUGAACUUAGCCAGCACAGUUCUCGAAGGGAGGUAAAAAGUGGUUCUAGAACUGGCAUGAAUGCUUAUCCAGAAUAUUCAGAAGAGCUGACCAUUGAUGAUAUAGAACAUGUCUAUGAUAACAUAAGCUAUGAAGAUUUAAAACUGAUGGGUCUCGCAAGAAGGGAAGAGUCUGAUCGUGGUCCCCAAAGAUCUGCUAGAGACUCUCUGUAUGAGAGUCAAAACAAAAUUAGUUUGGAAUUGAGUUCCAAAAAGAGGCAGGCAGAUCAAAAUAGGACCUCUAUUUUCGAAACUAGAGAUGAGAGCCUACACAGUAGAGAGGCACCUACGUCAAGUUCAGAUGAGCUCAGGAUUGUCGAGGAUAACAUCUAUGACACCAUAGUGCUUCCAGAUCCACCACUGUUGACUUUUAAAUGUGACCGCCUUAAAUGCUCUAAAAGGAGGAGUUUUUUGGGCCUGGAAACAGAUUUUGCUUGUUGUGAUAGUCUACGGCAGUUUGUUUCUGAAGAGAGUCUUCAAUUCAGUGAAGAUGAAAGUCCUUACCAUCGUGUUCCAUUAGAUAAUGAUUAUUUGAGCUUAGUAGAUAGCUCCUCCAACUCUGAUUCACACUCUCACAAGUCUGUAGCAGAUAAACUUUCAGAGGAAGUAGAUGAAAUUUGGAAUGAUCUGGAGAAUUAUAUCAAGAAAAAUGAAGAAAAAACAAGAGACCGCCUCCUUGCAGCCUUUCCUGUUUGCAAAGAUGACAUACAGGAAAGGCUGCAUGUGGGAAGUACACCUGAAUUGAGUAAGGAUGUGGAAUAUUCUCUGUCUACCCUCUCCCUGCCUGAAACCCCUGUUUUCCCUAAGACUUUGAAACACAAAGCAAACCUCAAAUGUGAAGAAACACCGCCAUGUAAAGAGAGUUCAUUUAUGAGCCUAAGCAGAUCUUCCUUCUGCAGUGAGCUGCCUUUCAUGGAUAGCCCUUAUGAAUCUGCAAACAGUAUUCUAUCCAAUGCACAUACAGAAAGCACUGACAAUGAAUUAGAUGUUGUGGAUAAAACAAAGAACAGGGUCUUUCUGAUGGCAAGGCAAUACAGCCAAAAAAUUAAGAAGGCUAACCAGCUUUUGAAGGUAAAAAGUCCAGAGCAGGAACAGCCAGCCAGCCGUCAACCUAAACUGAAGCACAAAGACCUUGCGGCCAUUUUGGAGGAGAAUAAACAAGGUGGUCCUGCCAUUGGUGCCAGAAUUGCUGAAUAUUCCCAGCUUUAUGACCAGAUCGUUUUUAGAGAGACUUCACCCAGAAUCCAAAAGGAUACCUGGGCCAGUUCUCAGAAGCCAUCAACCUUAAGGUAUUCCUCACCAGAAUCAACAUCUCCUUCUCAUUCUCAGUUAGCUAGUGAAUGCUUAAGAGAAGAAGACUGGUUUUUACAUUCUACAUACAGUAAUGGAGAACUAGCUGAUUUCUCUCCUUGGCCGGAAGUCCAAGAACCAAAGUCAAAGAGUUCCCCUGCAGAGACUGGCACAAAAAGCAAUCUAAGACAGUUGCCAUCAGCUUGUUCAGUGCCUUCCCUUCAGAUUUCUACACGUCUGCAUGUUCCAGCACAAAGGUGGAGUGCUAUUAUAAGUCAGCCUAACAAAGAGAAUUUACAUCAAGAUAGCAUGUAUAACUCUCUUGGAAGAAGAGCACACAUUACAAAAUCACAAGUGUACAGCAGGUCACAGUCCUCUUCCUCAGUUGUGGUCAACAGGUCUGGGGAGGCAAUUAUCUACCCCAAUGAAAUGGACAAGAAGAAGUUACAUUCAAAUAGACAUUUUAGAUCUGAUACCUACCAAGAGUCUCUGUCAACUGCUGCUUCAGGAUUCUUGGUAUCCAGUGUAAGAAAGCAGCACCCUGAAAGCUGUUCAGACAUGAUUCUGCAAGACUCUCAGAAAGUCCUGAGAAUAAACAGGAACUCACCACUAAAUGCACAAAUAGCGACGCAGAACUAUUUUUGUAAUUUCAAAGAUACUGAAGAAGAAGGGGAUGACGAUGACUAUGUUGAGAUAAAAUCUGAUGAUGAGGGGUCUGACUUAGAGACUACACAGAACCAAACAAAGAAAUCAGACCCAAAGUUGAAUAAUGUAGAUGGUGAUUCUUCUGACACUCCCUCAAGCAAAAACAUGUCUUGUGCUUCUGCAAAAUCAGCGAACAGCAAACACGCACUUACCCCUUAUCUGACUGCAUACAGUGAUACAGAUAAAUUAAAUGACUACUUGUGGAGAGUACCAUCUCCUAAUCAGCAGAAUAUAGUCCAGUCUUUAAGGGAAAAGUUUCAGUGUCUUAGCUCAAGUAGCUUUGCUUGACACUUUCACUGAUGUCUAACUGUAUUACUGCCUUAACACAUCAGAGUAUACAUCAGAACAGCCAGUACUGUCAUAUAUUUUAAUAUUUUUAAGACAUCAAGCACUAUAUCUCAGUAAUAUUGUAAAUAGAUGUGUAAAAUAUCUUUUUUACAAUACAGAAUAUUGAGAAAGCCAGUGGUCCUGUGAGCACUAUCUGAUACUAAGAUUGAUUUGUAUCUUUAUAAAGUAGACUGUUUUUUUCCUAAUCUCGCUGUCUUAACUUGAAUAUACUUUACCACCCCCUUUUUCUCUCCUCCAUAGCUCACUUUAUUUUUAGCUGUGAUAAUGUACUUGAUAAAGCCACUAUGCCAUGUGAAAACCUUUGUAUUCAGGCAUUUAAGAACAGGCGCCUAGUGCUGUGUCCAAAAAAUACAUUUUCUGUUACUGUAAUUGCAUGUGAUUGUUCAGUUGAACAUCUAAUCAUCUGAAUGUGCAAAUACCAGGUUCUGAACAUAGUUGGACAAGCUAACUGUGCAAUUGCCUGCACAUUUUUGCACAUCAGACUGUAAGUCUGUGGGACCAAUGCACAUAAUACCAAAUAUACAGUACUAUUUAGAACAGGACUUUUAUUUUUUAAAAUAAAUCUAGUCCCAGUGUUUUGUGAAUA